GCCCAGCCGCUUCGCUCCGCCCGGGCCGCGCCCGCUCGCCCGCCAUGGUGUCAUGGAUUAUCUCCAGGCUGGUGGUGCUUAUAUUUGGCACCCUUUACCCUGCGUAUUAUUCCUACAAGGCUGUGAAAUCAAAGGACAUUAAAGAAUAUGUCAAGUGGAUGAUGUAUUGGAUUAUAUUUGCACUUUUCACCACAGCAGAGACGUUUACAGACAUCUUCCUCUGUUGGUUUCCAUUCUAUUAUGAACUAAAAAUAGCAUUUGUAGCCUGGCUGCUGUCUCCCUACACAAAGGGCUCCAGCCUCCUCUACAGGAAGUUUGUGCAUCCCACACUGUCUUCAAAGGAAAAGGAGAUCGACGAUUGCCUGGUCCAAGCAAAAGACCGAAGUUACGAUGCCCUUGUGCACUUUGGGAAGCGGGGCUUGAACGUGGCCGCCACAGCGGCCGUGAUGGCUGCUUCUAAGGGACAGGGGGCUUUAUCCGAGAGACUCCGGAGCUUCAGCAUGCAGGACCUCACCACCAUCAGGGGCGACGGCGCUCCGGCUCCCUCGGGACCCCCUCCACCAGGGCCCGGGAGGGCCAGCAGCAAGCACGGCCAGCCCAAGAUGUCCCGGAGUGCUUCCGAGAGCGCUGGCAGCUCAGUGUGCACCUGCUGCUCCACCUGCAGGACCCGGAAAGUGGUUGAGGGAGACGUGAAUGAGGGUGGUGUGAAGGCAUGGGACCCCCACCAGGUCCAAAACCCACUGGCAUUUUCUGACGAGGAGGAGGAAGACCUGCUGGAUUUCAUGUACAAGUAUAAGGCGCCUCGAAGGACGGAAUUGCCCCUGGAGGCACCGCCUAGAAUCCUUCGAUCUCGCUUCAGGAAGAAAAGUACCUCAUCCUCGACCACUGAAACCACGUGAGUGAGAGGAGCCAACGGCACCGGAGCCACAGAACGUUUCUCUCUGCCUUAAGAGCUACUAACAACAGAAAUCCGCAAGCUGGGUGUGCUUUGAGCGUGCAGCCUCGCAGCCGUGGCCUUUCUCUCUCCCCCAGCCCCCGUUAACGAGUUCUGUUCCUUUUGUCGCUGUCCUUCUCCUUGGUUCGCGGGGGAGAGGCUGAAGGGAAGGGGUGGGGGGGUGACCUGUGAGGUCCCUGAGGUUGGUGGUUGCCCACGACUGGCUCGCCACGGCACCCAGCGGCGUGUUUUCAGAGAGGCGGCACUGCCCUGACGCUACUGAGAUGUACAUGUGUAAUUUAUCUGUUGCCUACUUAGUUUUUAGUCCUGUACAUGCAAACCAAGCAAUUUUUUUUAAAAAAUCUUUUUUUUUUUUUGUUCUUGGUACUAAUACUUGGGACUAUGAUGUACAUAUUUAUGGCUUUUUGCUUAACAUAAUGGACUUGCAAGGGCUGCCAGAGGUUCUGAUAUGUGAGAAAACUGCAAAAACAGACAUGUAAAAAGAAAAAAGAAUUGAUUCAAGAAAAUGUCUCAGAUGUGCUUGUGAAGCUUCCAAAUGUAACUCCAGCAAGACAUCCCUCUCCCUGCCCUUCAGAGAGCUGGCUCGUCGGAAGGCCGCAGAGGCUGGGAGAGGAGACGAGAGGGGAUGUUCUGGCAACAGAGAUGGGUGUGGCGAGAGGUCCGAGCAGCUUCCUGGGAUUAGAGUCCCAGGAAGUUCGUCUUGGGAGUUUCUGAAUCCUCCCAGGGAACCUAUCCUUGCCUUCAGCAAUGGCUCAACUCUGGCAAAAUUUCGUGGGGAUGGGGACCCCCAGAGCUGCCGGGAGGAGUACUGGAGUGUCUCCCAAGUGCAUAGUGAAUGGCCAUUUCUCCUUCACAGUGACCAGAGCCGCAGCUGACUGCCCCAGGCGGAAGAGCUUACAACCUGAGCACCUUGUUUUAGAGCACAUUAGGCAACAACAAAAACCUAGAACUCUGCUGUUUCAGAUAAGCUGUAAAGUAACACCCACGGCACGUGUGCAACCAUCCAAACAGUGGUUCUAGCAGCGCUUUAGAGGCUGAGACCUUUAUGGGUAAGACCUGGUAGCUCACAUCCAAGCAGCAUCACUCCUGGCCUGUGUAGAACAUGGUUGUGUGUGUGUAUGUGUGGGGGGCGGGGGUUGACGCUCGCAGCCCUCUAGGUGUUAAGGAAUGUUUUACACAAGGCCGGACUGCUCAGUAGGGGACUGAAGUCUGAGAGGAAAAGAAUCUGGUUGGAAUAGCACCGUGCUCUCCCCAAGAAAGCUGAGCUGAACCACAGGACCAGCGCACCUGUGCUUUGAGUUGGUGUGUGCUUCCAGUGUUAACGCCUGCAGUGGCCGCAGCCCAGUUACUCGUAGCGUGUGGACCGUGUGUUGGUGGACGUGCCUAGAGGACUAGAGAAUCCGUGUUGUAGACCACACGGAACCUACUGUCAGCCCAGCUAAACUGUCAGCCCACAGGCCCACCUAAAUACCACCCCCUUACACAGCCAUGCAAACACGCACACACGCUUCGGUGGCCUUGGCUGACGGCACAUUAGCUGGAUCUUAGCCACCCAGAAAUUGUUUGACCUGAUUGUUGCCAGAUGUACAUACUGAAGUCCCUUCUUCCUACAGUUCCUCUGAUGGUGACUUUGCAUUUUACAAAAAGACUUAGGAAAAUAACCCAAAAGCCAGCUGGAGGCUGAAACGGCUAACAGACGCUGUCAGCCCCUUGCCUGCACCCCACACCCUCCGAUGCCUAAACCCGUUAGGAAAGGCAGGCAUCAUGGACUCACUCCAGAAGGAAAUAGGCCCUUUCAGAUGUGUUUGCUUGUUACUUGGAGCUAGGAUGGACAGAAACGAGUGCAAAAAAGCUUACGUUAAGCAGCUUUUUAGCAACUUUCAUUUUGCCAAGAUACUUAAAUGCCUUUAGCAGCAGAAUUUAAAAUCCGAUAGUGAACAAGCUCUGUUGUCACCAUUUUACAAUGGCAAGUUAUAACCAGUACAGGCUAUCAAGUUUGCACUCAACUAUGCCAAAAAAAAAAAAAAAAAAAAAAAAGUUUGACACACUCUACUUUUCAGACAUGUUGUAUUAU